AUGCCCGAUCUACAGUUCACGAUGGAAGAGGAGCCGGAGGUAGCAACCCAUGCCGCGCAAAUGGGACACAUCUUCAACUUUGACGCCGUUGAGAUUGUGGGCCGGGGCAGCGAUCACACAGCAAGGCAAGUGCAAGAAGCCUGGAUGUCCACCGACCGCUCUGUCAACCGCUGCAUCAAUUUGCCUCCCCCUUAUCUGACUUGACGAACCUUCUUAGCGGGGGACAGUCACGGCGCGGGACAAUCGGGGCCAUCCGUCAUCACCGCGGCCGACGGGGGGCGAUUCAAGUCACGGUGACAUGCGGGUGGGAUGCAGCCACGCAGGCGGCAUUGGAGGAUCACGCAUUGGACAAAGGGCGCCAUAAUAAGGAGUGCUGUGCACAGGACCUCCUAGUCCCUGAAGAUGGGUAGACGAGUAAACUACCCGAAACGUCGGAUCUCAAAUAAACCCCUCCCGGUGAACGCCCACUCUUUUUCGAUAUGAAUACGUUAGAAAGCCAGCAAAAUUACUGUUAUUCAGAAAUCACAUUUUUACUCUAUGCGACAGUUGGCGACGAAGCCCAAGUCGGGUGCUCAGUGCGCUAAACGCUAGUGCUGUGGCAGAUCUGGCUCAAGAUUAUUCAGAAAUUGAAAACUUGUUUAAAACCUAAAUAUACACUUUCUUCGGAUAUAAAAUAUUAAGACAGGACGAUUUUCCACAGAACGAGUAAGUGAAGGCAUAUUUUGUGCCCGUUUUCUAGAAAAUAUAUUUGAAUUUGUAAGGCCAUCGAAAAUCAAUGCAAUAAGUGCAUGCUACUCAAGUAGUCAUUUUUUGUAGAUCGUGGUUUCUGUAGAAGGUCAAGAAGGAGUGGAUCCAAAAGCCUACAUCCUAGUGAGUCCAAAAUGCUAUAGGAUUAUGCUGCAUGCUAAUCAAUAUUACAACCCCACCUACGUAAUCCUUUCUAAUCGAAAACACAAUUCAGAAUUUCGACCAACAUUUCAUGAGAUCGGUCACGCACUGUAACUGGCCACCAUUCAGCCUAUGACAUCCUCCCUAUGCCAUAUAGCCCGCCUGUCCACAGGACUUCCCACUUGUGCUGUCCCCCGUCCUCAGUACACGUCCUGUCUACAACCUGCCUUCUGUUUCGCAUACAUAACACCCGUUUGCAUGGGCCUAUAGAGUAUUGUGCUGGCACCGGGUAGAUAACUUCAAAGGCCUCUUUGGCGUCGACUUAGUGGUUCGUAUCGAUUACAUGUGCGAGAAUCGAACUUAAAAACGAUCGAUUUUCCUCCCUACCUAGCCUGGCAGGCACGCGCUUGAGUACCAACUUUCCCAUACGCCUGCUUAGUUCCGACGUUCGCAGUAAUCUUUCAUUUUCUCCGAAGCAGUUGCAUUAAUCGCAUAUAAACCAUCCUCAGAAACUGGGUCCUGGGUUAUUUUGCUACGAGAGCGGAUCUUUCUAUUUCAUCCCUUGGCGCCUAAUGGUUGCCUCCUUUCUAUUUGCAAACUUCGACUCUGAGUGGCUGGAAGUGAGGCUGACGGCUUUCGAAAUGUUCAUGGCGUACGAGAGCGCUCACCAAGAUUUACGUUCUGAGAUAUUCUUUUUCCUGUCUCGUAUCUGUGAGCAUCGUUCGGUGCAAUUGCGCAUCUAGCCGCUGACCCAGAGUAUCCGUCAAAGGCAUUUUAAUUCGACAGUUUCGGCUCUCGGCCCACUUCAGUGCAUCUCAGCGGUCGAUCGAACAGUCUAAUGCAACUGCGUUUCUAGAAGCUGUUGAAUGUCAGGAUUUACGUCGUAUGCGUGACUUCUUGUUCGCUGAUUUCCGGAACUGACUUUCCACACGUGUGUUUAAUGGAGGUUGUUCUUGAACAUCUGUUACUUAGUCUUAUGUUUUGAGGAAGAGGAUGGCUUGUGCUCACUAGCUCCACUGGUGCUGAUCGGUGCACGCGUAGGAACCCUGUCCGUUUCAUCUUUGUAGGUCAGUCAUAGUAAAAACAGUACCAAGCCAAGCAUGGCGAAGAUUUGAUCGUACACCAUUUGAGACUGUCAUAAAGCAGACCAUUUGACUCCGGUUGAACCUCCACCGAAACCGUUUAGCCUAAAAUAAUCCCCACCUAGUUAUAAAAACUGUCUAGAAGAAAAGAUGACAUCGCUCCAAGCAUACUGUUACUGUAGCUUCUACGCAGUGAGAGUGUGCUCACAAUCAUCGGGCCAAUUUCCGUGUUGUAGGAAAAUACAGAAGUCAUUAGACUGAGAGGUUUACCUUAUACAGAAACGGAAACUUGAGUUGUCCUCACAGGCAGCAGUGGACGCUAGCGAGGUCAGGGCUAGUAUUGGCUGCUUUCAGUCAUCCCCGAGAGUCCUUUAACGAUGGUGGCAGCUGCUUUUGUAGGUUUGUGGGGCAAUCCGAAGUGGCGUCUAAUUGGCGUGUGCUGAUUUGUCGAGGGGUGCGUGGUGUUCAAGUGGCCAGCGUUGCAUUCGCAGGGGAAUAGGAAGUUUAAGUGGCGCAUGGGCAGCUGCGACACUGUGGACGCACGUGCGUCGGAGUUGAAGUCGGUCGAGUGACUGCAGGUCAGUGCGCCUGGAACAGCUCUCUGUGAAGCCGAGUGACUUUAACGAAAGGGGGUCCCGAACAAUGACGCCAGACAUGGUCAAUAGGGCCGUUGGCAACACUUCUGUGACCAAGUAAAUUAGAAUUUCAGUGCUCACCUCUACGCUCAUUGCACGGUCCCGAAGGCGCCUGUCCUGAUAAUGGACGACCACAUUUCUAAUUAUUUAGUACCAGUUGUUUGUGGUCUCUCACUUGUCUCUCUUCUGAUUUGGAUCAUUUUUUCUUCCCAUAACUUUCGAAAGGCUAUACGGUAGGCUUCGUGGGCACUUCUUAGCUCUGUUUUUCAUACCUUCCUCCGUUUACGCCUGCUCGACUUGCUGAGUUUUGCUGAAGUUGCACACUGUCAAGGUUCAUGAAUUUUUACACCAGUUCCACUCCCCAGUUCCCAGCUUAGUCGGUCGGUCCUUAUUUCGUAGCCGCACGUGCAGUAGACGAGCGACAGCCGCAUGUCAUACGUGACCGGUGGUAAUAGGCGGUUUAACACUAACCCCUAACUCUGUCCGCCAACCCCAACCACUAACCCUAAUUCUAAUCCCUAACAGUAACCGCUAACAAUAAACCUAACCCCUUGCACAGAAUCUUCCACACUCCUCUCUCCUCCUCCGCCUGAAACCAGUGUCAAGACAAAGUCAAGAAGACCGGAGGUGGGGGGGGGACGCAGGUGGAUGGCGCAAUCGAGCCCGCACCUUGGCGGUCCAUUCCACAUCCCUGAUCCACACAGAAAAUGACCAGGAUUUUAACCAACAACAGCAGAAGGUGAUGGCGCGGCCGAAGUCGUACCUGGCUCGGAUCCCACCUAAUGGGAGUGCUGUAAAGGCCACAUUAAGAAGCAGACAUCGCAGCCUGACUCUUAUACCACUAGUAGGCCACUCCACAUAAACACACGACAAUGGGCGGACUGCGAGGUCGAAGGUAUCCCGUAAGUUGGCAACUUUCCGAACCACGGUUUUUAGUUCACCGUGAUAGCUUCAAGCGCGUCCGCUUGUUUAUAGUGAGGAAAAUGCACCAAGUCUUCGACCUCAAUCUCCCUUCUCCUUUCCAGGCCCCAGUCACUGUCCGAGCCGGUCAGUUGACUGGUGCAGGGAAUGGGCGCGGUGUUUAAAAUAUCUAAUGACAUGGUCCUGCGUGCGCCACAUGCACGACCUGACAUCCCAUACACAAACACCAGAAUUUCACACAAAGGGAAUUGAGCGACGUACAUGCCAUAUGUGUGAAUGUGCCAUAGGUAACGUUACGAAGGGGCCGUAUCAGCCUGACACUCAGCCCGCCAGUCUGCACUCCACACAAACGCACACACUACUGGACGGGCUGCGUGGACUGAGUUGGGGCGUCAGUCAGCAGCUUUCCAAGCCACGGCGUUUGGCGCGCCGUGAUAUUCUCAGACUCGGACCACACAUUCAGCAGAGGAACCGCAUGGAGACGGAGCCAAGACACACAUUUCCCAUUUGCGUAGGAGGUGGCAUUUGGGUACUUAUUGUGGGUGAUGUUGAUGCGGGAUGUGAUGCCGAUACGAGAGGAUGUGAUGGUGUGAUGUAGCCGGCGGUUGUCUAUCACAGGUUUACGUGAAUGUGCAUAUUGCCCAAUAGGCCUAUGCGGUAAGUGGAUGCAUGGGGACAAUGUGGACAGUCGAGGCUGAUGCGGCUGGUGUAGGUUGGUGCUCAAGGCUUUAGUUCGCCAGUGUCUGUGCAAUGGAUACGCAAGUAAUCGACCAGGCGGAUGUGUGAGGUGAAUGUACGGAGAUAGUUUGGAUAUGAGAAGUCGGCGGUGACAGUAUCAGCUACGGUGAUGGUGGCGGUGGCUCUGCUGGGCGACGGGGUGUGAGUAGGGCUGAGCGUGGUGGGUGUGGAAUGCACUGUGUGAUGGAGCUGGUGACCGUGGGCGCGCAGGGCGGCGGAGUGAGGUGGGCUAGGCAUGACAGGUGUACUGGAUAUGUUAGUUGUGUCGAGAUUACGGUCAACUCCGCUCUCGUGGACACGCAUUUGGCCGAACAGGCCCAUGCGGUGCACGAAUGUGCGAGGGCAGUGUGGACAGUAAAGGCGAAUGCGGUGGGUGUAGGUUAUUGCUCCAGGCUCUGGCUCACCAGUCUCUGUGCGAUGGAUUCUCAAGUGACCGAUCAGGCCUACGUGUGAGGCGAAGGUGCUGGCGCAAUGAGGAUAGGUGUAGAACAGGUCCUAACUAUUUGUGUCGACGGCGGUAGUGUUGGUGUUUGUUGGUGUGUCAGGAUUGUGUAUAAUGUUGGUGUGCUUGGCAGAGGCCACAACGGCAGAAAUUGGGGGUAGUGGAGGAGGAGGAGGAGGAGGAGGGGGAGGAGGAUGGCAGUGAUGGUUCGGGAGGGCGGUCAGUGUUAGUCGACGGCGUAGGAGGCGAGGGAGAGGUGGACGGAGAGACAACGGUUGGGGCAGUCUGAGUGCUUCAGUUGGUCCGAAGGUGUCCAACUCGUCUAAUUUGCGUCCGGAUUGUCCACUGACACCGCGAACACUGUCCUCCUCCAGGUCGGCCGGUCUCGAGUGAGGUCUUCCCAGUUGGACGGGUUGAUCUGCAGACGCUUGAGGAAGGUCUUCAGAAUGUCCUUGUAUCGACGGAUUUGGCCUUCUUGGCGGCGGGAACCCGUGGCGACAUCUCCACAGAAGAAUCAUUUAGGUAGCCGCUAGUUGUCCAUCCGCACGAGGUGCCUGCUCCAACGCAGAUGCAGUUGUCUCAGCAUGGCGUAGAUGCUGAGAAUUCCCGUCCGCUCUAGUACAUCAGUGUCGGCGAUUCGGUCCGGUCACCUCAGCUUCAAUAUUUGGCGAAGAUAACUGAGGUGGAAGUGGUUGAGUCGGUGUGCCCGUUUCACGUACACCGUCCAGGUCUGCGCUCCAUACAGCAGCGUCGGGAGGAUGACGGCCUUGUGCCUCGUCAGCUUCGUCUUGAGAUGGAGACGGUAAGUGUACUAGACGAUGUUCUGCAGACAGCCGAAUGCUUCACUGGCUCUGGAACUCCGGUGGGCCACUUCACCGUGUUGCGGGACAGGAUACUGCUCGGGUAGGUGAAGUUAUCCACCACUUACAGUUGGGUCCUAUGCACGCUGGUUUGAGGUGCGUUGUAGGCAGCUUCGGGUAGCGGUUGGUGCAUGAUCACCGUCUUCCCGUGUUAAUGAUCAGACCGAAGUUCUCGCGUGCGGCCGAGUCGAGAUCCAUGCUCCUUUGCAUGUCUUCUUCAGUAGUUACACUGAGGGGACAGUCAUCAUCGAAGAGAAGCUCGUGAAUUGUAGUUGUGGAUACACGCGACUGGAAAUGAAUCCACCGGUAGUUGAGUAGGUGGCUGUCCAACCUGACUGUUGGCGAUGUGAAUCCCAGUGCGUUCAUCACGGUAGGCGUCCAUCAGCAUGACAGAUAACAUAAGAGUGAAGAGGGUGGGCGCGAAGACGCAGCCCUGCUUCAUCCCUCUGUCACCGCCAAUGCCUCUGAGACAGCUCAGUUGUCCGUGAUCCGCGCUAUCAUGCCGUCGUGGAGCUGACGAACCAUCCGAGUGAAUCGUUCGGGACAGCCGAAUUUCUGCAUGAUUUUUCAUAGUCCGCCACUAUUCACUGUGUCGAAGGCUUUCGUCAAAUUUACGAAGGUAGAGUACAGACGAGUCUGCAUCUCCUGACACUUCUGCUGCAGUUGUCGGGCGACGAAAAUUAUGUCGGUGGUUCCGCGAUGACGACGAAGGACGCACUGGCUUUCCGGCAGGUGGCCCUGUUCCAGAUGGUUGUUCAGAUGGUUGAGAAGAAUGUGAGCGAAGAUCCUCCCCGCGAGCUUCAGCAGGAAGAUGCCUCGAUAGUUGUAGAGCUGGCGGUUUCCUUUCGGUUUGAAGAGGUGCACGAUUGUGGCGUCCAUGAAAUAUUGCGGGACUUCUCCUUUCACGCCACAUCUCCUGGAAGAGCGCAGCCAGAUGGUCCAUGAGUUGGGGCAACCGUGCUUGUAGAUCUCAACAGGGAUCGUAUCCAAACCGGGCCCUUUCCCAGUGGAGAGCUGCUGCACGGCCCUGAUGGUUUCGUGUAGAGAGGGCUGGAGGUCGAUGUCGACGUUGUCUUCACUUGCGGCAGACGGGAGAUGUCGGCGUCGGAGAUGGUGGAGGAACGGUUGAGGACGCUUUUAAAAUGUUCGGCCCAUCUCUGUAAAAUUUGUGUCUUCUCGGUGAGUAGGGUACUUCCAUCGUCGCUGAGAAGAGGAGCAUUUGCUUUGGUCGUCAGAUCGUAGACAGCCUUCAUCGCGAAGAAAUUCUUCCAUUCGUUACGGUUCGCGUACCCUUGAAUCUCCUCGGCCUUACGAACCGCCCAGGCAUCCUGCUUCUCCCGCAGCCGCUGUUGCCCAAGGCGGCGACUACGGUAGAAGGCUGCUUUUUUGGCGUCGGCGCGGCAGUUGACGUGGGUUUUAUACAGGUGAUUCUUCUCGACGGGCAGGUUGCUGAUGGCGGCGUUGUUGCCAUCGAAUCAGUCCUGGUGCUGGCAAAGUGCGCGAUCAAAGACGGUCAUGGCUGUCGCCUGGACUGUAUUUCGCAUUUGACACCAUCGGUUCUCCAUGGAGGCUUUCUUAUCAACAGCGGCAUCAAAGACUGGUAGGUUGUCUAACCUUUGAGCUGACUCGCUGCUGAAAUGGAGAUGGUGGGCAGGCAACGACAACAGAUUAAUAUUCAACUUACCUGGUGGUCACUUACCUUGAGGUCUCCUGCGGGGCUGCAGGCGAAUCGGCAUCUGCGAGAUGACGAGCCAAUGGUCGGUCCAGCCGUCUGCACCCGCGAUCGCCUUUGUCAUCAGCACGUCCCGCUGUUCAAACCUCCGAAUACGGACAUAGUCCAGCAGAUGCAAUUUCCGUGACCGAGGAUGCAUCCAGGUGACCUUCUCUCGUAUCGGAAGGCGGGAGAAGACGUUCGUCAGGAUGAUUUGGUGUUCUGCACAGGUUCAUAGGAGGAGCAGAUCAUUGUUGUUGAAGCCAUCGAGACCAUGGAGAUCUAACAUUCCUCUCAAGGCAGCAUGGUCUGUGCCGACGCAGGCGUUGAAGUCACCAUGGAUGAUUAACUUGUCACGUGGGUCUCACUGAGUGCAGCGAUGUCCACCUUUUAGCACGCCAAUUCCCGAGCCACUAGCGCUGUCCUCCAUUCCAGUCGGUUGCUCCUGAGAUUGAGGCAAUGCUUUCCCGGAAUAAAUUUGAAUAAGGCAAGGGCGACGGAACAUGCAGAAUUUAUUGAAGUCACAAAUUUCGAGACCUCUUAUUUAGCUGCACACGGUCGUUGCAUGCUUAUAUGAGAAGGCAAACUGUUCAAUCAGAGAUCGACCUAGAGAGAUAAAAGGGGAUCGGUAACAUGAAAUAUGGGUUGUUGGUCUAGUAUGCGGGUGCGCAUGGCGAGUGCGGGGAGGGCUGAGAAGCCGUCUAAGCCAGCGACUUUAGAUUACAGUGAGAACUUAUCGGGCGUGAAUAAAAUUGCAACGCGCGUGGCAGCAUUCAGUCAAGCCGGGGGGGUUUGGGGACGAAAGCAGAGGAUGGUUAUGGAAAUGAAGUUUUGUCCACUAUCGAUCCUUACCAUGGAAGUGCGAGGUUUAUCACGCGGUCCAGCUGCUUACAGACUUCUGAUUUCCUCUUCCGUUUUGCAGCGGCCUCUGCAAAGCGCAAGAGACGUCCGGUCGUCGCCCGAAACAGGACCUUGAAUGCAACCAUUGGGUCCACCGUACGGCCCGUAUCCACCAGGUGCUUUGUAAUUGAACUCCUGGAUACCUUAUUUUCCGCCUUAAGCAGCCACUUCGGCAUGUGUUCAACUGACCGAGCUGCCAACUGCCUUUGCGUGCGCCCAAUGUACUUGCAUCUGCAACUACGUGUAAACUCAUAAAUACGGUUUAAUGUGGCGUGCAUAGCAAAAUGUCUUAAGCCGGUCUAACUAGAAUGGCCGUUGUAGUGCUUAUGAACAACAAGUUAGAGGCGGCAUAUGUCCGCUCGAUUGCGCACCAAAGUCGUCGCUUGAUCACGGUUGACAUGUCAUCACCCUUGAAGGGGAGGUAAAUGGUCACUGGCUUUUUAGUACGGAUAUUUAUUCAGGAAUUCCUAGUCUAGGAUUGCGAUAUUUAUCGAUUAAUUUCUCCGGAUACCCGUUUGCAAGACAAACACAGUCACGCUCUGGUCUAUUAUUUGCUUUUCAAGUAACGAUUUUACCUUUUUUCCAAUAAUGUCUUCUUGCGCCUUUGUUUCUUCUUUCCAAUGGGUCUCCGAGGGAAAUUUGCUGGAGUCACCCCACAUCAUUUCCACCUAUCUCACGUUUUAUCUCUCUAGGUCGAUCUCUGAUUGAACAGUUUACCUUGUCAUAUAAGUAUCCAAUGACCGUGUGCAGCUGAAUACGAGGUCUCGAAAUUUAUGACGUCAAUAAAUUCUGCAUGUUUCGUCGCCUUUGCUCCUGAGAGAGAGAGAGAGAGAGAGAGAGAGAGUAUUGCUGCUUGUUUGAUUGUUUCGACCGUGUGUUUUGCGUCUGCGCGCCACGGUCAGCGCGCAGAGGACGUGAUCCCAUCAUCUGUUUGGGGUGCCUUUUCUAGGCCCGUUCCCCUCGCGGGGGUGAUUAGUGCUGUCCCCAAAUAGGGUUGCUCACACAUCCCAGACGGCUACCGGACUCCACUAUGGGCCACGAUCUUGCUUAGUGGAAGAACGACCCGAGUUGGCCUGGGCCUCCUACGUGAUCACUGUCGCCCUCGUCGUAGGACUUUUUGAAGGGGGGAAGGGAGAUGGGCGAAGGGUAGAGAGAUAGGAAGCAGAGUUCCUGGUCCUUUUCUAAGCUAAUUGGUUGCCGAAAUAUAAAUGGUGCGCAGAGCAAUUCAAUGGAUCAGUACAUAGCUUACAACAGGGACAAAAACAGACAAGCGGACAAUGGCAAGCCAGCCAGAUCGAGCGAAAAGUAAAGACAACAAAUCAAUAUCCGGCUUACCCGGGGGUCACUUACCUUGUGGCCUCCUGCAGACGAAGCCGGAGAUCGGUUUCUUAUGAAACCCUCUGACUACGCCACGGCCCCGUUUUACGGUCUGCAGAAGGUACAAAAAGCGAACAUACCUCUCAGAACCAUUGUCUCCUUACGUGGCACUCCUACACACGGUUUGGCAAAAUGGAUGCUUGCUCCUCUUAAGUUCCUGGCAGAAGGUUCGCCAACAACAGUAGCUUCUGCUAGUCAGUUCUUUGAACGUUUAAAACAUCUAAAACUAUAGCCAAAUGAAUCCAUGGUAUAUUUUGAUGCUGUUGCACUUUUCACCUCCAUCCCACAACAACUAGCGAUAGACGUUGUGAGACAAUUCCUGGCUGGCCGCCACGACGAGAGAGAGAGAACCCACCAAAGACCGGACAUCUCAUGGAGUUCUUACGAUAUUGCCCAAAAGCAUAUUUCACCUAUGGUGGACAAAUGUAUGAACAAAUCAAAGGCACCCCCAAUGUGCUUCCCCAUCUCAGGGCCGAUUGGUGAAGUGGCCCUUCAACGGGUAGAACACUUGGUGUUCACCAAGUAUCAACCAAAGCUCCGGGCUCGUUAUGCCGAUGACACUUUCGCCAUUGUCAAAUCAUCUGACGUGGAGCACCUUAAAGAAUUACUGGACUGGGUGGACCCGAAUAUCCAAUUCACGAUGGAAGUUGAAACUAACAACCAACUUCCCUUCCUCGAUGUUCUUGUGCGUGGGUGUUUAACUGGACAAUUACAAAUUACCGUUUUCACAAAAUCCACCAGCACAAGACAAAUACUACAUUUCAACGUCAAUCACCCCCUCUCUCGCAAAGGCAGAUGUGUCCGUGCUCUAUUCAAAAAAAUUAAAACACACAGUAGCACACCAACGGACAAAAGUGUUGAACGACAAUACCUUUAUAACCUCUUUCGGGCCAAUGGAUACUCAAGCUACAUUAUUAGGCAAAGCGAGCGUUGAGUAAGCAGACGACGACUACAAAAAGAACGAUCCGAAGUCUGGAGGGCUAUUCCUUACAUAAAACGAGUCUCGGAGGCAGUUUAACGUCUGUUACAACCCGCCAGAUUAGGCAUUACCCAUCGACCCCAGGCAUCAAUUCGUCGCCGUUUGAUGAAACCCAAAGACAUACUGCCACCCACUGAAACCUCAGGAGUUGUCUACCAAAUACGUUGUAACGAUGGAGACUAGAAUUACAUUGGGGAAACCGGACGGAAAAUGCACACCCGUUUACAUGGGUACAAACUGGCAACUCGGAGAUUAGACCUAAACUGGCAGCUUGCGACUCACUUUGGAGAAACUGGACACAACUUUAACUUUCAAGGAGCAACCGUCUUAGGCCGGGGCACCUCAAGAACAGAAGGUCUCACACCUGAGGCUUGAUACUCAGGUGCCAACCCUAUCAACAGCCAUCUAGAUCUUCCUGCGGCCUAUAAAGUCCUACGUCACUGCAUACGCCAUGUCCAGGACAAGAUGAUCACGCGGAACUCAAGAAUACCGAGUAAACACGGUCCGUCGACUAAUUCACCUUAAAGAGGAGAACAAACGCAACUGAGCUCCACUGAAGUCACGACACACGACACAGGAGGCCACCAGCAUUCACAAACGGCGGUCAGAGAGGCAAGGCAGCGAAAGGAGUACAAAAUUGAUCAGACCGAGGCCAACUAAUUCGGCCGUCUAUUCAAAAUGCAGAUCGAUUUUUGCACUAAACGCUUUGAUAAUGGAGAGCCGGUCAAGCUCCAUGAAACGUCAGCAAUGCAAUCCCUUGAUCCAGUGAGCACUUAACUUUUCUCAGAUUAUCGACCCGCAUCGCUUAGAUUUGCUAACCUGGAUAGGUACUUACGUCUUCUUGAAGUUUACCAUUUUGAACAUAAAAUGUGUUUACGUUUCAGCAUUUCGUAGUUCCUAUAUUUUUGGAACCCCUCCUGUAAUGCUAGCCACUUAAAGUCGUCUAUAUACUUGAUUUACGUGCUCUUGGGAGAUCACAGCUGACUUCACUCCCUGCUGCAAUGACUGGGUAUCCUGAUAACCAAAAAUGAUACAUUAUGGUAGAGGGGAGUUCAUCGGUCAUUUUUUUACGGAACUCACUCAUUCUUUUAAGCCUUACGGCUCUCUCUCGAGCCCAACCAACUACUGAGCCAGAAAUGGCCAUUUCAGUCUCCUUGUCUUUGUCGGUAAUGCUAUUUUGCCAAUGUAACAUUAUGUUUGCUUGUUUCAGUUCUGGGAACCUAUGAAUAUUAGACUAGGACGAUCUGAAGAUAGCAGCCCCAAAAUGAGUCAAGAUGACAUAUUUCAUGGGGAAUGAUCUCAUAUCUUAAGUAUUUACUUCAGAAAAAGCCUAAUUGUUCACAAAAUCACUUUUAGAACUGACCAUUCGCAUGUCAAUACACGUGGACAGUCUUCCGCGGGGCUUUAUAUUUGCGCAUUUCUGCAGAUCUCAUUUCUCUAUGCCUGACCCGAUGGGAUUUUAAUAUAAUUCUCAGGCUUAAUGACUGCACCCGUGGGAGGCCCUGAAUGGGCGGCUAAUAGUUCAGAAAAAUCAUUAAAAGAACGUCUGUCGAUUAGGAUCAAGAGUUUUUAUGCAGCACUGGAAGGCUUCUAGGGAGUCGUAAAGUCGGUCAGCUACUUAUACUGACUAGGGAGUAAUAAAUUUGGCUAUAUGCAAGCAUAUCUUCUCUUGACUGUAUCUGCCCAUAGUGUCCUAAUUCAGACAGAUGCAGUGUAAAUAGUCAGUUUAACUGGUGGGCGACCCAAGAAACUUUACGCUAUAGAGAGUACAAUUAGUUAUAUUCAGUAAGCAGUGAUUAAAUAGGUGGUUUUCAAUCCAUUUUUACUCAUUAUCACUAACAUAGGGUGAACUGGCUUAUGUAGUAACUUUUUUUUCCUACAUACUACAGGAGACGCAAUGA